AUGGACUUCUUCAAAUCUGUCUUCUCGGAGCCCACCCCCACCCCCUCCCCCUCCCCCUCCCCCCCUACCACCCCCACCUCCCCAAACCCCUCUCCCACCCCUUCUUGGGGAAUCGGAUCCACCCUCCUCAAAACCAUAGCCUCAAAAUCCGAAUCUUUAAUCGACAACUACUACAAAGAUCUCCAAGAAUUCAGCUCCGGCUUCAAGAAGGAGACCGCCGUCAUCCGCGAAGCCGCCAGCCGCGCCGUACAGGAACUCCCGGCGCGGCUCGAGUCCGGCGCCGCCAUCGCCCAGGAAUCGCUCGAGGCCGUGGGGCAGGCCAUCGACAACGUGGGCUCCACCGUCUCCGACAUAAUCGGUAAAGAUUUGAACUUUGCUGCAAAUGAUGGUCAUUUGGAUCAAGGCGAUGAUGAUAGCAAUGUAGGGGUUAGUGCUGGCCGUGAUGAUGAAUUGGGUUUUAGCGCUAGUGUUAAGCCGUAUAGUAGGAUCGAUGCGAUGGUUCGCGCGGUGCAAUGUGAUAUUCGAACUUAUAUUGAUGAAGUGGAGGAGAGUGGGUAUGGGGAAUGGAGGUUGGGGUUUGGGUUGGAGGAGAGGAGGGGGGAGAUCGAGGGAUUGCUCGGUGAGAAGGGGGCGGUCGCGGAGAUUUAUGGCGAGGUUGUGCCGUUGAAGGUUGACGAGGAGAUGUUUUGGUGCAGGUACUUUUAUAGGGUUGAUAGGGUUGUGAGAGCUGAGGAGGCGAGGUUGAGGAUGGUGAAGAGGGCGAUUUCGGGGGAGGAGGAGGAGGAAUUGAGUUGGGAUGUCGAUGAAGAUGAUGAUGAUGCCAAUGGUGGUGGUGGUGAUGGUGAGGAUAGGUUUAGAGAUGAGUUGAAGGAGGGUGAGGAGGAGAAGGGAAAAGGUGUGGAGGAGAAGGAAGGAGGAGGUGGUGGUGUGUCGGGUGCAAAGGGCGAAAUCUUGGUGGUGGAUGAUGAGAGUUUAGGGGGGCGAUCGGUGUGCAAUGAGAAGGAGGCCUCGUCGGAUGGGAAGCUAGGGAGCGAUAUCUCGAUUAUCUCGAGCCAACGGUCUUCACACGUGGAGGACGAUCUCGGAUGGGACGAGAUUGAGGAUAUUAGGAGUAGUGAUGGGAGCAAUGUAGGUGCGGUUGAUGUUGGGAAGAAGUUGGUUGCUGCGGAGGAAGAUGAGGAGCUCACAUGGGAUAUUGAAGAUGAUGAUGAUGGUGGUGAGCAUGUUUAA